CCCACCUCGUGCGCAUGCGUGGUGACGGUUGUCCCCGGGGCGUGCGCUUGACCGCGGUGUGUUUAGGUUUAUAAGUGAAUGUUUUGUACAGUGUAUUAUUGAAUGAUUUAUCCCGAGGAUUCUGUGUUAUUGACUCUGCGAGCUGAGCGCUAGUGUUACUGAAGCACAGACCUAUCAGUGUGUGUGUGUGUGUGUGUGUGUGUGUGUGUGUGUGUGCGUGAGUGAAGUAUGCGUCUGACGGCUCUGCUGUCCAUGGCGGCGAAGGCUGCGUUUCCCCGUGAUUAUCGGUACGGGACGAACAGGCCGUGGACUGCAGCAGCGAGGAGACUCAACCCUCCGGGGAAGAGGAGGAGGAAGGUGUUCGUGGAGCCGAUCGCCCCUGAGGACUGGCGCGUGUUCAAAGGGGACGUGGUGGAGAUCCUCUCAGGUAAAGAUAAAGGGAAGCAGGGGAAAGUCACUCAGGUGUUCCGCCACCGUAACUGGGUCAUCAUCGAGGGACUCAACACGCACCACAGGUACAUCGGCAGGUCCGGAGACUACAGAGGGACGUACAUCGUGAGUGAAGCUCCUGUGCUGCUGAAGGACGUGUCCCUGGUCGACCCCACAGACAGGAAGCCCACGGAGACGGACUGGAGGUUCACAGAGGAGGGAGAGAAGGUCCGGGUUUCCCUCAGGACGGGACGGAUCAUCCCCAAACCCGUCUUUCAGAGGAGGGACGGCAUCAUACCACAGCAGUGGAAAGAUGGACCGAAGGACACAUCUCCUGAGGACGCUCUGGAGAAAACCUACAUUCCGUCACUGAAGACUCUGGAGGAGGAAGUGAUGGAGAAAAUGAACAUCCAGGAACCGAGAAGACCCCGAAGAAGCUUCUGGUACUGAGACACAGGAGAGAGGAGAGCGGAUGUUCUUUAAGCUGUAAUGACAACGUGGAUCUGCAAUAAACGUGUUUAUCGAA